AUGUAUUUUUUUCUCUACCUUAUUGUGCUUGCUAUGAUUUUUCAACGUGGUUUUAGCGUUCAUCCUGGCGAUCCUUUUCCAGUGGAUCGCAUCAAAUCAAGACUUCUUACAUCUGAAGAUUUAAUCAAUGCUAAUGAAAUUGAAAGUCCAAAUGACCGUGGAUUUGGACCAAUAUCAGAUUCAUUGACUGAUCCAUUCGAUUCUGCAAAUGACAUAGACGAGUUCAUGGACUAUGCUGUCUCAACAUCUACAAAAACUACACAAACAGCGCAGUUUCAUAAGAAUGAUUUUGGACGAAGACUUUCUACUGGAAAGUCACCGUUGUUAACAACAAAAAGUAUUACAACAAUAACAACAACUACUACUACUACAACUACUACUACCGUAACUACUACUACAUCUCAACCCUAUGAUAAUAUGAUCGAUAAAAGCACAACAUUAUUACGGGAAACAUCAACAGCAUUACCUGUAAAAUCAUUCAGUCAAAAGGAAAUUGGUCGAUGGAGAUACAUAGAUCCAAAAACAAAAGAAGCUCGUUACUGGUAUCAACUUGAAGGUGGUCGUAUGGGUGCUGGAUGGAAAUUCGAUAGAUUUAUAUUUCAAGCUUAUAACAAUUCAGCAACUGAUACUGAACCGGUCUAUGCAUUUCAUUCCGAAAUUCGAGCUGCUUGGACCAACACAAUACAAAUGGAUCCAAGACCACCGAUUAUUGGAGAUGAUCAAUGGGUGUCAGACGGUCUUCUAUUUUAUGCUUAUAAAACACCAAUGAAUUCAACUGAACUUCAACCUGUCUCACGAUAUUGGAAUAAACUGAAAUCAGGCGCCACGGAUGCGACUGAAACACGUGUGACAUAUCUGACAAUUAAAACACAAGAUGAAGAUAUUGACAGCCGAUUAGAAUGGUCAUUUGAUAAAGUACUUUUUUAUGUAUUACCCAUUGGAUAUUGA